AUGGCCGGUUCCGAGCUUUCCACUCCUGAAUUAUAUGCAUUGAGAUUAGUUGAUCAUAACAUAUCAUUUAAAACAAAACUAUCGAUUGCUAUGAAUCUCAGAGAUUCCGUCGAAGUUUAUCAAAAUGCAGAUUAUAACCGUUUUCUUCAAGCUUUAAUGCCCGUGUUAACGAAAAUGUUAAUAGAAGAACAGCCCGUUUUCGAUAACAAUUCCGAAGAACAGAAAUUGCGAAAUUUAUAUUUAGAAAUACUACAUCGGUUGCCUCAAAACGAUUCGCUUCUACCAUAUGCCUCUAAACUUUUGACAACACUAAUGGAACUGUUAAAGAAAGAAAAUGAGGAUAACGCGGUUAUCUGCUUAAAAAUUAUUAUAGAUCUGCACCGAAGUUAUAAGCAUCAGUUGGGGGAUCUGGUCCAGCCUUUCCUAGACAUUGUACAAGAAAUGUAUAAGAAUAUGGAGCAAACAGUAAAAGAUUCUUUUGAUUCACCAGGAAUUGCUGCAACUCCAAACGUUGGCACUCCAGUUCAGCCAAUAGUACUUGUGCCUCCUUCUUCACGUCCAUCGUCACCUGUCUCGGAUGUUACAACAAAUGAAACUACUCCUAAUAAAGUUUUAGCUGGAAGCUUACACAGCUUUAAAGUCCUGACCGAAUGCCCUAUCAUUGUAGUAUUACUUUUUCAAUCCCACAGACAUUUUGUGAAUGACAAUAUUGGAAAUUUCGUUCCACUCAUUAUUAAAACAUUGGGGCUACAGGCUCGUCCCCAAGCCGAAGCACAAGAGGCUGCUAGAGCUAGAGGCGAAAUAUACGUCGGUGUUGCACCGGGAAUUAGAGAUCGUGCAAAAUAUACAGAAUUCAUUAUAGCUCAAGUUAAAACAAUGUCUUUUUUGGCAUACGUUCUUCGUGCAUACACUACAGCGUUACAAGAAUACCAAAGCAUGAUACCUGAUUUUGUCAUACGAUUACUUCAAGAUUGUCCGCCUGAAGCCUCCGCAACUAGAAAGGAAUUGUUGGUCGCGACCCGACACAUUCUCUCAACCGAUUUUCGUUCCGCAUUUGUAAGCAAAAUUGAUAUUCUUCUCAAUGAGAAAGUGUUAAUUGGUAGUGGAGUUACAGCUCAUGAUACUCUUCGGCCUUUAGCGUAUAGUAUGUUGGCAGACCUUGUUCAUCAUGUACGGAAUGAACUUUCGCCAGCUCAACUUUCAAGAACAGUCUAUAUUUAUUCACGUAAUUUGCACGAUCCAACUUUGGCUGCUAGUAUCCAAACUAUGUGCUCUAAACUUUUACUAAAUUUGACUGAAUGUAUUGUGAAGAUUCCUAAGAAAGAUGGCAAAGACGAAGCUAGAGAUUUGUUAAUCAAAAUUUUGGACACUUUUGCCAACAAAUUUGUAACUUUGAAUUUGGUAUUCGAUGAUAUUCAGCGACAACAGCGGAAGAAGAAGGUUGCCGCUACCAGCGAUUUAAGUAUGACAGAAAAAAUUGAUGAUUUUGAUUUUGAACAAGCGCGUCCGAUUAAUACAUCUACGCCUAGUGAACUUCAACACGAUGCUAUAAACGACGGAAGAUUUUUAUUCAGAAAUCUAGUUACUGGUCUUAAACCGAUCAUUCAAUGGUUAAAAGAGUGCAAUCCACCAUCUCCAAACAAUUCAAAGACCACUGCUCAACAAUACAAUUCAGUUGCUCGUGGAUUUACUCAAGAACAAAUAGAUAUUUUUAUUCGUUUAUUUCGAGAGGGUGUACGUUGCUUUGAUUAUUUUAACGUCGAUAAUAUGGAUGCGCCUCAAGCAAAAUAUUCUGAUAAGUUACCUAUAGAGAUCCCAAGUAGAAUUGGUCCAUAUUCGAAAGUCGAAAAGGAAGCACUUGAACAUUUUGGAUCUGCUUUUGUAAUGGUUGAUCCCGCUAUAUUUCAAGAAAUUUUUGCCUCACAAAUGAAUUUUUUUUUCGAUCAAAUGUUACAAAAUACUUCUCUUCUUCAAAUACCUCAGUAUUUUUUAGCACAUAACGACAUAAUAUCUCAAAGUUUUGCCGGAAUUCUACUAAGAUUUCUUGUGGAUAGGCUAGACAAGCUUGGGGGUCCCGAUCCUUUAUAUGCAUCUGUAAUGCUUCGGUUGUUUAAGCUAGCAUUCAUGGCUGUGACAUUAUUUCCAAAUCAUAAUGAAAGUGUGCUUCAUCCACAUCUUGCAAACAUUAUUACGUCAUCAAUGAAGCUUUCUGCAAAAGCUAAGGAACCAAUAAAUUAUUUUUUGCUGCUUAGAGCACUUUUUAGAAGUAUUGGUGGUGGUAGAUUUGAAACAUUGUAUAAAGAAGUUUUUCCGUUGCUACAAGUGCUUCUGGAAGGGCUCAACUCAUUAUUAUCGUUAAUACAUAAGCAACGCAUGCGAGAUUUAUUUGUUGAGCUCUGUCUUACUGUGCCUGUGAGACUUAGCGUGCUUCUUCCUUUCCUUAGUUAUUUAAUGAAACCCCUCGUUUUGGCUUUACAGGCAGGUCCGGAAUUAGUCACGCAGGGCCUUCGGACUUUGGAACUCUGCAUUGACAAUCUAACACCUGAGUUUUUGGAUCCAAUCAUGGCUCCAGUUAUUAAUGAUCUUAUGAAUGCGCUUUGGAAACAUCUUAAACCAACACCGUAUAGCAAUGCACACAGUCACGUCGCUAUGCGAAUUUUAGGUAAACUAGGAGGACGAAAUCGACGUAUGCUCAAAGAACCUGCGCAACUUAACUCUCAUGCACCACCAUUGACCGGAAUUGAUUUGCAGAUUUAUUUUGAGCCACAUAUAAAUCCGCAUAAUUUAUCAUUAGACGAAAAUUUAUCACUUGCUGCAAGAGUAUUACAAGAUCCUAACACUACACUUUUUUAUAAAAAAAAUGCGUACAAAUUUUUGAUUGCUACUAUUCCCUUGUUUAUUGAUUUAGACGAAGGGCCAGAAGAUCUUGCUGUCUCAAUAGCAGUAAGGGUUCAACAGCAGUUGCUACAAAAUAAUGAUGGAGAUGACAUGGAAAUAAUUCCAUCAAGCACGGAAAAUACUCAUGGCGAUAUUCCAAAUGUAACAAGCGAAUUUCGUGAACUUUCAAUAAAUAAAAUGCCCAGCAAAGAAGGUCACAAACAAAUAUUAAGGAGAAAGGUCGUGCAAGAAGAAACACUACAAAGUGUGAUAUGUUCGCUUUUUGUAGCGUCAUCAUUGCCCGAUCUCAAAGAGCAGGCAUGGCCAUUUCUUGAAAAUAUUUGUCGGCAUUUUGCUCUAUUAGAAGUUAGUGAAGCCCUAAAUCAUCGUUACACAAGAGAAAAAAGAUUUGAUUUUAACAAUAACGCAAAGCAAUAUAAUUUGGAGACUAAAGUAAUGGUAGAGGCUUUGGUAGAGGUUAUAACGUCUGAGAAUUCUCAACUUAGUGAUCUCGCCGAGACUGCUUUAAUUUUAAUAUAUGAGACAUGUGUUAUCAUUACUGGAUCUAAGGACGCUCUUAUUCGUUUCCCAUUGUUUCACGUAUUGGCAUCUCGUUUUUGUUCUUGUUGCUAUAAGCAGGAAUGGUUUCGCAAGGAUGGGGGCUGCACAGGCAUUUCGAUUCUCAGUUCUAAACUUGACAUGGGUACUCAAUGGAUGCUAGAGCAUGAAUUGGAAUUUGUCAGAUCAUUACUUUUUAUUUUAAAAGAUAUGUCGCCAGAGUUUGCAGCAGGUUAUGUUGAGAAUGCUUCUCAGACACUCUUACACGUGUUAACAGUUUGCAAUCAGCAAGAACAAUCAGAAAGCCAUGGUGAUGUCGAAAUGACCGAUUCAAAAGACGAGAGUGAACGUGAAAAACAAACUAAAUUUGACAAGCUCAUUAAUCUACUAACUUCAGAAUUGUCUAAUGCAAAUGCUGCAGUAAGAGACACAGUACAACAAUCAUUUCAAAUAAUAGCCGAUCUGACAAAAUGUGAUGUUACUUACUUACUUUCCCGCGCACGAGAUACAUUGCUUAGUCCCAUUUUCGGUAAACCGCUUCGUGCACACCCUACUCCAAUGCAAAUUGGGCAUAUUGAUGCAAUUACAUAUUGUUUGACAUUACAGCCUCCUUUAUUAGAUUUUAGCAAUAAUGAAGAGCUUGUUAGACUUUUGAAUGAGGCUUUGGCACUUGUAGAUGCUGAUGAUCAAGUUUUAACUAGUCGUUCAACACAAUAUAAAGUAUCUACAGCUGUGAUUAAUCUUAGGAUAGUUUGUAUUAAAUUUUUAUCUGCAUCUAUGAUGCGUUCCGAUUCCUUUCCGCAAGCCACUGCAGUUGCUACUCGGACUCGUAUAAUUGGGGUUUUUUUCAAAUCAUUAUAUUCAAAAGCACCAGAGGUCGUGGAUGUUGCAAAUAAAGGGCUUCAACAAGUUCUUCAACAACAGCACAAACUUCCUAAAGAUCUUUUACAGGCUGGUUUGAGACCUAUUUUAGUCAAUCUUUCAGAUCACAAGAAACUAACUGUGCCAGGCCUUGAAGGCUUAGCUAGACUUCUUGAAUUACUCACAAAUUAUUUUAAGGUUGAAAUUGGGAGAAAAUUGCUUGACCACCUUCGUCAAUGGGCUGAUCCAUCAGUUCUGCAAGAUGCAGCAUCCAAGCCGCUUAUCGAAAUCGAACCUAUCAAAAUUAUAGUUGCAAUAUUAAAUGUGUUUCAUCUUUUACCUUCAGCCGCCUUCGUCUUUUUAGAAGAUCUAGUCGCCAUUGUCUUAGAACUUGAGGAACAACUACGUCGUUCUAUGUCCAGCCCUUUUCGUUUGCCUCUUAUCAAAUUUUUGAACCGUUAUUCGACUAAUGCUAUUGAUUACUUUUACAAUAAAAUUGGCAAUGAUAAAUUUAUUCGUUUAUUUAUAAAUAUCUUGGGAACUGAUGAAGCUAUUCAACUCCGAAAAGACAUUAUGGCUGAUCCAUCACAGUUAAUUGAUAAAACUUCGAAUAUUCAGGACUCAGAUAUCUCUGAUGAGGUGAAAUUUCAGAGAAUUGUUAUUAUUCGGGAGAUUAUAAGCUUUCAUCCUACUUGGUUGGUUGAACCCUCUUCCGAACCUAUUCUUAAAUGCCUCAAAGAAGCAUGGAAUGAUCCGGGACGCCUGGAAAGAUUGAAACGAGAAGACACUUUAAGCUUAUCUCAAUGUCGUGAAUCCAAGUACCUUGUUGAGAUAUUCAUCUGUUAUUUGAAAGAAAAUCCAAAUGAUAUUGAUUUGCUAUUUGAAUUAGUAACUAUAUUUUCUUAUGAAAGUGUAAUCGACUAUACAUUCUUAAAAAAAUUCUAUCAAGAAGAAGUUGCAAUGAAAUAUAGUGUAACACAGAAAAGAGCUAUUCUUGACAAGUUUUUAGAUAGUUUCAUUGAUUCUUUUAUUCCUGCUAGCGUUAAAAUGCAAUCUUUAAAGGUUAUUAUUACUCCAAUGCUUUUGUAUACAUUUGCCAAAGGGCAAGAAUAUGAACAGAUCGUUGGGACUGCCCAAAUGGAUAAGAUCCAAAAUAUUUGGCGUUACCUGGCUGAAACUCAUGAUGAAAUUGAGGAUUCAUUACGUAUUGAGGUUUUACAAUUUUCAACACUUCUCGUGCAACGCGUACCACAUCUUAUUAGUACACGAAGUGACCUUGCAAAAAUUGGUUGGACUUGGUCUAGAGCUGAUGAUAUAACUGCUAAACAAACGGCAUUUGUCUUUUUGGCUCAGAUCUUUGCGGAAUUUGAUUCAGUUAAUUCAAAAAUCCUAGUCCAAUCUUAUUUUGCACUUUUAAGAGCACAUCAGCUAGAAGCAAGAACAUUAGUAAAACAAGCUUUAGAUAUUCUUGCACCAGUGCUUCCAAAAUUAAAGACACCGCAUCCACUUCCGUCUAAGGAAUCUUUUGAUGAGUCUAAAAAAGAUUCCAAAAAUAAAAAAGCUCCAACUCCAAGCUGGAUUCAAUAUGCAAAAAAAGUUUUAUUAGAAGAUGGGUACAGCGUUUCUCAAUUGGUCAAUGUUUACCAAUUGUUAGUGCGGCACCCUGAUUUGUUUUAUGAACACAGAGAACAUUUUAUAUCCCAGAUUGCGAAUACAUUGACAAGAUUAGGAUUACUUCAAAGCGCUACUGCUGAGACUCGACUUCUGACCAUAGAUCUCUCUGAAUUAAUUUUAAAAUGGGAAAAGCGUAGAAUUUCUGAAAAUCGCAUCCCAGAGCAAUCAAGUGCAUCAUCAACCCCUGCUAUGACACCAGACAAACGUCGCAUUGACUCAGAACCAGAAUAUUCUCCACGUAAACGAAUAGUGAUUGAACAUGGUGGCGAAUAUAGGAGUAUUGUUGCAGAACCAAACCAAAAAUAUAUUCCGAAUAUAAAUUUACGAGAAAGUGUGGUCGGAUAUCUUACUCGAUUUGUGUGCACCUCUAGCGAAUCAGUCAGUAAAUCUGGUUUGGCUCGCCGAGCUUUAGAAUUAAUAAAAGAAUUUUUGCUUCCUGACUUUUGGCCUGAGGUUAAUGUGAAACUUUCUGCUUUUGAAAGAACUCUUAAAUAUACAGAGAUUAGUCAAAACAUACUUAAUAGUGUAUGCAAUAGUUUGGAGGUUUUAAAUGUAAUACUUGAAAGAAAGCCAGCAGAUUGGUGUCUUGCAAAUAUUGUCCAUCUUCAACAGUUAUUGGAGACUAGUAUCGGAAGCACGCAAGUAAGAAUCCAAGAGUGUCUCCAUCCGGUACUUGUUCAUAUAUAUAAAUCUUUGGCUCCACCACCAUUUGAGGAAGCUGCUCCUUUAAAUCCCGAGCAGCCAUCCUCACCUGAUUCUGAAGUUGAAAAUUUUAUCAAAAUUAUCCAUACUACAAUUCAAGAAGGCCUUCAAAAUAUGAACACAAAUAAUCUAUAUACUGCAAUGAUGUUAUUAAAGUCAGUGGGUUGCAAUACUCCAAAGAACCUUGAUCCUUUUCUAACAGGAAUUAUUCAAGUUAUACAAAAACUCACCAAAGAUGUUACUACUUCACAGCCGAAUACUUCCACCAGUAGUAGUAAUUUAAAUGGUGCACAUCCUCCUGAUUCUCCAACAAAUGUUCUUAUAAUGGCGUUGCAACUUGUGAACUCACGAAUUUUGGAGUUGACCGAGCCAAGACCUAUUUUUCUUGCAGCACUUUCCCAAUUAAUAGAGAAAACUAAUGAUUAUGUGCUUUCACGAACUAUUUUUGAAAUGGCUAAAGAGUGGGUUAAUAGUAAAUUGGAGCCCUUUCCUACUCUAGAGGAAAAAUCAGACAUACUAGUUAAAAUGUUAUGUUUCGAAUCUUUAGACGAUAAGACUUUAAUUGAGGAUUUUUUGAAUCUCGUUAUCUCUAUAUAUAGUGAUACUUCUUUCACUAGAUCUGAGAUGACAGUAAAGUUAGAAAAAGCAUUUUUAAUUGGCACUCGCUAUAAUAAUCCCAAAAUUAGAAAUAAAUUUAUGGAUAUAUUUGAUCAAAGUAUGGCUCGAAUGUUGUCGACGCGUCUCUCGUAUAUAAUAUCAGAACAAAAUUGGGAAUUUUUAUCGGACUAUUUUUGGCUUCAUCAAGCCUUAGAUGUUCUUUUAGGUUCUGUUUCGUCUAAGAAAAGGGUUCAGCCACCAAUAUACAGUUUACAAACAAAGUCUAUCGCAACUCUUGGUGGGUCUUCGAAUUUACAGUCAUUGGCUCCUAGCAAAGAAUUGGAUGACUUUUUAAUAAAACAUCGAGAAUUUUUGCGCGACCUGAAAAAAUUCCGUGUCGGUGAUCUAUUACCAUAUUUAAAACAGCUACACUAUUUGGAUGAUAAUUUAGCAUAUAAACUGUGGGUAGGCCUUUUUCCCUUUUGUUGGGCCUCCAUUCCGUCUAAGGAAAGGCAAGAUUUAUCUAAUAAUUUGAUAGCGCUCUUAUCAAAAGAUUAUCAUGCAGCACAAUCGGACUUAAGACCUAAUUGCAUACAAGCGUUAUUGGAUGGUAUAUCUCGUUGUUCACCUACCAUCAGACUACCACCACAUUUGGUAAAAUUUCUUGGAAAAUCUCAUGGUGCUUGGCAUACAUCUAUGGAAAUUCUCCAGACCACUUAUGAGGGAAUCAAAGAAGACGAUAAAUUUAAAGAAAGCAUUUUAGAUGCACUGGCUGAUCUGUAUUCAACCCUAUCAGAGGAUGAUAUGUUCUACGGUUUGUGGAAAAGACGAUGUAAAUUUGCAGAAACACAUUCUGCAAUAUCAUACGAACAGUGUGGAAACUGGACACAAGCGUUGCUUGCAUAUGAAACUGCGCAAACAAAAUCAAGAGCGUUGGGUUCUCCAUGUACUGAGUCAGAAUAUUUGCUGUGGGAAGAUCAUUGGGUCAUGUGCUCCCAAAAGUUGCAACAGUGGGACAUUCUCAUUGACUUUUCAAAAAAUGAGAACAAUAUAGAUUUAAUGUUUGAGAGCGCUUUUCACGAAAAAAUGUUUGAAGCAUUCAUGAAUUUAAUGAAAUCUCAACAAACGAACAAUUAUGAAGAUUUUAAAAAAAUUUCAGAAGAAGCCCAUCAAUCAUCUUUACGCAAAUGGCAUACACUUCCAAACGUAGUUUCACAGAGCCAUAUUCCCUUACUCCACUCAUUCCAACUCUUGGUUGAAUUUGAUGAUGCUACAAGAAUGUUUUCGUCCUUAGCAGAUAUUAAUCAUCAAAACGCUGAUACUAAAGCUAGUGAAUUAAAGAGUGUAUUGCAAAGCUGGCGAGAGCGGUUGCCAAAUAUGUGGGACGAUAUAAAUGUGUGGAGUGAUAUUGUGGCAUGGAGACGUCAUGUUUUUAAUGUAAUAAAUAAAUCAUUUGCACAAUUUCAGGCCCAGAACACAACUAAUACUAUGGCCAAUACCAAUUAUCCAUUCCGUGGACACCACGAAACAGCAUGGACCAUAAAUAGAUUCGCACAUGUUGCAAGAAAGCAUCAGCUUUCUGAAGUGUGCAUCAAUUUCUUACAACUAAUUUAUAAUUUACCGAACAUUGAAAUACAAGAGGCAUUUUUGAAGCUAACAGAGCAAACUAAAUGUCAUUAUCAAAAUCCAAAUGAUGUAGCUAAUGCUCUGGAUGUUAUAAACAAUACUAAUCUUAAUUAUUUUGGGUCUCAACAAAAGGCUGAAUUUCAUACUUUACGCGGAAUGAUACAGGCCAAAUUGAGUCGAGACCAUGAGGCUAAUGAUAGUUUUUCACGAGCCGUGCAAGUGGAUAUGCGCCUUCCUAAAGCCUGGGCUGCAUGGGGACAUUAUUAUGAUAAUAAAUUUAAAUCAAAUCCUGAUGAAACGACUUUUGCUGCUAAUGCUUUAAGUUGUUAUUUACAAGCAGCUGGCCUUUAUAAUAGUCCCAAAUCUAGAAAGUUGCUUGUUCGUAUUUUAUGGCUUUUGUCAAUUGAUGAUGAUAAGGGACAUAUUUCUCGAGUAUUUGAAACUUAUAAUAGUAAGAGUGAAGUUCCGGUAUGGUACUGGAUAACUUUCAUACCACAACUUAUUGCUUGUCUAUUGCAUAAAGAAGCAAGGCAUGCGCGUACAAUUCUUAUGAAGAUCGCCAAACAGUAUCCUCAGGCUUUGCACUUCCAAUUACGAACAGCACGAGAAGAAUCCAUGCUGAUUAAAAAGCAGGCUGCUGCCCUGGCAGUCCAACAGGCACAAGCACGCGCUGGACAGAUUUCAUCUUCUGUUGUUAAUACAUCAGGAGCUCCUUUAACAUCAAUGCCCCCGUCCGUUACCGGUAACGAAGGGGUGCAAUUAAAUACAAACGUAAUUGUUAAUGGAAACGGCCACAGAUCAUUACAAGUGAGCCCAGAACAAUCGAGCCCUAGUCAAGCAAGCUCUGAUCAAAUGAGCCCUCAAGCAAUAAACUUUUCACAAUCAAGUCCCAUGCCAUCACAAACUCCGCAAAGUCCUGCGAUUCAAAUGGGAAAUAAUGGUAAUAAUGUUAUUAAUGGAUCAAUUAGUCAUAUGCCGACACCAUUGCCUAAUACUUCAACACAAAACAUGCAAAGUAUGAAUGGAGUUCAUAAUGGAAUGUCCUCAAGUGUACCGGGUACGCCUUUAAGUGGCCAUGUACCUACUACACCAACGAACGGAAUAAUACAUAAUACGUCUAUCACUCCCACAAAUGUAUCUCAGAAUCUUCAUCCUUCAACUCCAACUAACAACAUUGAGCAUGGACGAUCUCCUAUUACUCCUGUUGGAAUGAGUAAUCAUCAUACGUUACAAAAUCUUGCACAUACACCUCAGUCUCAGCAAGUAUCGAAGCAACCAUGGGAACAUAUUGAAGAUGUAAUGUCAAUUUUAAAAACAUCAUUUCCAUUGCUUGCUUUAUCGAUCGAAACUAUGGUGGACCAGAUUCAACAACGUUUAAAACCAUCAUCUGACGAAGACAUUUACCGUUUGAUUGUUGCGUUAUUAAAUGACGGAGUGCAGCAAAUCAUUAACCGAUUAAAUUAUCCUACUGAUGAUGGUAAGCUAACCCCGGUGAUUGAGACGAAUAUUAAACGAUUUGCAGAAAAUCUAUUACCUGGAGCUAUUAAGACAGCAUUUGUAGAUGACUUUAUUACAAAAGAGCCGAACUUGGCGCAAUACGUCGAAACACUCCGCAAGUGGAGAGAUCGAUUUGAAAUUGUUUUGGACAGUAAGCCUCGAACACAGCAUUUGGAACAUUUCAGUCCGUAUCUAGUUGAAUUUCAGCAUCAAAAGUUUGAAGAAGUUGAAGUUCCAGGACAGUACUUAUUGCAUAAAUUUCACAAUAAUACUGAAUUUGUUCGUAUUGAUCGAUUUAUGCCGGAAGUCGAAGUUAUUAGAUCACAUGGGAUCUGUUACAGAAGGCUUACCAUACGUGGACACGAUGGGAGUCUUCAUCCUUUUGCCGUUCAGCUCCCGUCAGCAAGACAAAGCCGUCGUGAAGAGCGAAUAAUUCAACUUUUUAGGAUACUAAAUACCGUGUUGGAACGUCGCAAAGAGAGUCGUAAACGUAAUAUUUCCUUCCACCUUCCUUUAAUUAUUCCAUUAGGACCUCAGAUUAGGAUAGUUCAGGACGAUCCUUCAUAUUGUUCAUUGCAAGAGGUUUAUGAAGAUCAUUGCGAUGUUACUGGAAUUUCCAAAGAUGAAGCAAUAAUCUACUACACUAACAAAAUGAGAGCCAACAAUCGAGAUGCUCGGAUGGUCAAAGACCUGACAAAUUUGAGAGUCGAAGUUGCUGAGCAAAUUGCGUCUAAAUUUAUUCCAAGUGACAUACUUACAAAAUUUAUGACAAAGACAAUGAAAUCACAUGAAGAUCUUUGGACAAUAAGAAAACGAUUCACUUCCCAAAUGGCUGCUGUAUCUUUUAUGACAAACAUUAUGUCUAUUAAUCAAAGAUAUCCCCAUAAAUUUAUGAUUUCGCGGAAUACUGGCAACAUUUGGAUGACUGAAUUACUUCCUGCGUUUACACCGAAUGUGCCAAUGUUGCACAAUAGUGAAGCGGUGCCGUUCAGAUUUACGCGCGGUCUACAACACUUUAUGACACCAAUUGGUAUCGAAGGUGUUUUCAGCUCAGCUUUGAUGGCAAUUGGCCGCUGUCUAACCGAACCUGAAUUUGAUUUGGGACAAUAUCUGGGCAUAUUUAUCCGAGAUGAACUAAUUACUUGGCAUUACAUGAUCCAAAGACCCGUUAAUGAACAAAAUCUUCGACAAAAAGUAGCGUUAAAUGUGGAUCAGAUUGUCAAUAAGGCACAAGCUAUUGGAAGCUUUGAUAUAGAACGGGAAAAGACACCUAAUAAUUUGAAGUUGAACAGUUCAGUAUUAGAAUUAAUAAAGGCAGCGACUAAUACACAAAACUUGGCCGCUAUGGAAGUUAAUUGGAUGCAAUGGUUGUAA